CUUCUACCUACAGCUUUUAAGAGCCGUUUAUCGCAAAAGGCCGAGUUUAUGUCCAUCGAAAACCUCAAGUCCUUCGACCCCUUCGCCGAAGCUGACGAAGACACCGGCGAGACUAAACAGUCUCAAAAUUACAUCCAUAUACGGAUUCAGCAGCGCAAUGGUCGUAAGACCUUGACCACCGUCCAGGGUCUUCCCAAGAAGUUUGACCAGAAGAAGAUUUUGAAGGUGAUCAAGAAGAAAUUCGCUUGCAAUGGCACCAUCGUCAACGAUACCGAGAUGGGCGAGGUGAUUCAGCUGCAGGGAGACCAGCGCAAGGAUGUUCAGGAGUUUUUGACCGAUAAGAAGGAAGGUCUUGAGCUUGAUGCCAAGACCAUCAAGGUCCAUGGAUUCUAAGCGUGUCACCACGCCCCGUUCCGGUCCCAUCCCCCCAAGUCUACGGUACCCCCGGAAUGGAUGAGUAGAGGGCAUGGUGUGCCAUCCGUCCGCGGUUGUUCUCGCAAUCACUGCGUAGACGACCGUGGCACUCCGUCUCUUGUCUUCUAUCUUUCUUUACCCAUUCUGUGCUCGGUAUACCGGACUUGGGCCUUCUGUCGAACGAUGCACGAGUCUUUGAUCUUUACUUGUUAGAUCCCCUUCGAUCACCC